AUAAUGGCGCAAUUAGCGGAGAAAGCUUCGUGGUCGGGCCUCAGGUCAGUCACGGCGGUAUUAUGAACAUUCACUUCACCACCGGGCAUCUCGAGGCUAAUGCCAGGCGUUGAGGCUCUGCUGAGCCUUGCGACCCUGACCCUGGACUGUGGGCGAUGUCCGUGUGACAUCAGCUCCCCCUUCUUCAAAGCUCACCCCGAGCCGAACAUGCGUCAGCUUUUGUCGAUAGGAUUCCGUGGAGGGUCAGUUCGUUGGGACGUUGGGGUCUCCUGGUUUGUUUGGGUGCCUGGUGUGGAAGGCAAUGACUUCUGCUUUUACUUCAUCAGUGAAGAAACGGGAUCCAAGCAACCAUUCAAGUCCAUCUUGUACAAUUCCCUUAUGCUAGGUCAUCUUCGGCAAAAAUAGAUAGAGCCCCCGUUCCAGCCAUGGCACUGUCAUCAGCAUCGUCUAUAUACUCAAAAGCAAUGGACUGUACAAUCGUAUGUUCCACCGAGGUGCUGA